GAGAACUUCAACAGUUGGAAUUAAAUUCUUUCUAAACAAAACCUGUCUUUUUCUGAAAAAAUGGCAAGUAAACCAAAGGAAGAAAGUUUGUGGGAAAAAAUAAAAGUGGCUUGAAGAAAAGGUCGACUCCCUCUUCUCUGUGACAGUCCUUCAAAUAUUGUUCACACUGAGCUCCCAAAUUGGCUCUGCUUCUUCUAGUGACAUUGAAACAUCGCCAAUGUUCAUCUCUUUGAACUCUACGAAGAAGAAUUUCCCCUGGGCCAAAAAAGAGGAACCACCACCACCACCAUCACGAGCAGCAGCACAGACUAAACAGGUUUCUGCACAAAAGACAUUAGAGACUGCUCUCUACCUCCAAAGCUGGUGGCGAGGUACGCUGGUCCGGCGUUCUCUUUUGUUUGCCACUCUUUGUGCGAUGUCAAUCCAGAGAUGGUGGCGCCGACGGGCCUUCCAGCUCAAAGAGGAGAGGAGGAUUAGGGCCUUGAUGAUGUAUGUUUGGCCCGAGAAGUCGACCGUCCUCUUGCAGUCAAAGUUAAGGAUGUGGCUUACACAAACUCAGUUCAAGAAAUAUCAAAAGGCAGCCCAGGUUAUUCAAAACAACUGGCGGAAGUAUGUUCUUCAGCAGGAAUUCAGCAACUAUUCACUCAACAACCUGACUUAUGAUGGCAUAGAUUUGAAUAUUGACAUUAUUGUUGAGUAACAAGAACUCAGGAACAAAGGAGAAAAGUACUUGUAGAAUACAACUCAAAUAAAUAAAUAAA